CCGGGCCCGGAAGGCCCGCCCUGCCCCGCGGAAGCGCCGGUGCGGCGAGAGAAGCCGGUCGCGAUGCUCCCUCUGAGCAGGCGGCAGCGGCGGCCGCGGCGCUGGGGGCUCGGGGUCCCGGGCGCCGCCGUGCUGCUCGCCUGCGCCGCUGCCUGCGCCCUGGCGGAGCGGGCGCCCGCGGGUGGGGCGUCGGCGCUAAGCGCCUACUUCGGCACCAAGAGCCGCUAUGAGGACGUGGCGAGCCCGGGCCCGGCGGCCGGGGCGCCCGCGGGCCCGUGCGCGCCGCUGCAGCUCGUGGCUCUGGUGCGCCACGGCACCCGUUACCCCACGGCCAAGCAGGUGGGCCGCCUGCGGGCGCUGCGCGCGCUGCUGCGCGCGGGGCCCGGGCUGACGGGCGCGCUGGCGGCCUGGCCGCUGGCCUACGAGGACUGGAUGGACGGGCAGCUGGUGGAGAAGGGCCGCCGCGACAUGCGCCUGCUGGCCGCCCGCCUGGCCGCGCGCUUCCCCGCGCUGCUCAGCCGCGCCGACCUGGCCCGCGCGCGCCUCGUGACCAGCUCCAAGCCGCGCUGCGUGGACAGUGCCGUGGCCUUCGCGCGCGGCCUCUGGGCGCAGCUGCACCCGGGCCUCCCGGAGCCCGAGCCCGAAGAUAUGGAAUUUGGGCCACCUAAGAUAAAUGAUAAACUUAUGAGGUUCUUUGAUCAUUGUGAAAAGUUCCAAGUUGAGGUGGAAAAGAAUGAUUCAGCUCUUCAUCAUGUAGAAGCCUUCAAAAAUGGACCAGAAAUGCAGGAAAUUAUUAAAAAAGUUGCAGCUAUUUUGCAGGUGCCAACAAGUGAUUUAAAUGCAGAUUUAAUCCAAGUUGCUUUUUUUUCCUGUUCAUUUGACCUGGCUAUUAGAGACAUUCAGUCCCCCUGGUGCGAUGUCUUUGACACAGAUGAUGCUAAGGUGCUGGAAUACCUGAAUGACCUAAAGCAGUAUUGGAAGAGAGGGCAUGGCUACACGAUCAAUAGUCGAUCCAGUUGCAGCCUCUUUCAGCACAUUUUUCGUCAUUUGGAUGAAGCUGUUGAACAGAGACAAAGGUCCCAGCCCAUCUCCUCCCCAGCCGUCUUCCACUUCGGACACGCGGAGACGCUGCUGCCGCUGCUCUCUCUGAUGGGCUACUUUAAGGACAAGGAGCCCCUCACGGCUCACAAUUACAAGGAGCAGACGCAGCGCCAGUUCCGGAGCGGCCACAUCGUCCCCUACGCGGCCAAUCUCAUAUUUGUGCUUUACCACUGCGAGCGCCCUGAGACGCCGGCCCGCGAGUACCAGGUGCAGCUGCUCCUGAACGAGGAGCCGCUGCCCUUCGUUCACUCCGCCGAGACUGUCGCCACAUAUCAGGAGCUGAAGGAGCACUACCGGGACGUCCUGCAGAGCUGCCGCUCGGACCGGGACUGCACCGUGCCCAGUAUCAACAUCACCUCUGAUGAGCUGUGAGGGACUGUCGUGGCUCCAGAGCUCACGGGUACGGCGCUGGCGGCAUAAACCGCAAGUAUUUCUGACUUCAGAGAAGUGGGUUGUGAACCUGGAAUUUGUUGGUGGAAAAUAAUUUUGUACCAAGAUAGUUGGAGGAAAAAAAAUUUUAAUCAUAAUUGGUGGCCCGGGCCACAUCCAAUGCAAUGUUUACAGAAAUGAUUUCAAAUUUUAUUGAUCAUACAGUCCUGGCUGCUAAAUUUGAUUUCAGAAUGAUACUUGAAAAUGCUGGAGUAACCAAAUUAUCUCUCUAGAUUCAGAUGCAAUGAAGUCUAGGAACUCAGCUCCUUGGAUUUUGCGGACGACCUCUCAAGCCUUAAGCAGGGAUAGUCUUCUUGGAGGAAAGGGUUAAGAAAAAAAAUUAAUCAACUGGAAUUAUAACUUUCUAUGGAAGGUAGCUAUAUUUUUCUCUAAUCGAGAGCUGUUAAAACGUUAAACAUUUUAUGUCUGAUUUAAGACGACAUUUUGACUGACAGAUUUAGAAAUAAGCUCUGUUUGUCAUUAGUAUCCCUAUGGCGUGUUGACACUCUGGAGACGAAAUGCUUUGUGGCCUCUCAAUAAGUCCUUUCACGAAUGUGAUGCCAGUUUUACAUUUAUAAAAAUGGAGGAAUAGGAUGGUCAGGAUCAAGUCAGUUUCCUCAUUCCUUUGAUUAGCUUUCUUCUAUUCUCUUAUUUUGUACCCCUCCUAUCAUUAUUAGCAGAAACAGUUUAUUUGAAAAAGGCUUUAUGUUGCCUGGUCUAGCUCAUUAGAAUUGUAACACUAUGCUGAGUGCCAUGAAAGUGUUUGUAAGAAUAAUAUUGAUUAUGAUGAUGAUAAUUCUCUUAAUGACUUAGAUACUAAGUGAAGAAUUAUCCGAUCACCUGAACUCUGUGUGAUUUUCUGCUCUUUGCAUGGCAAUAUUCCUCUCCUUUGAAGGGAUGGAAGGAGGAAGGUAAUGGAGAAAUGGUGAAGUAAGAGAAAUUCAGACAUCAGAACAUUAUAUUAGAAGAUCAAUUUUCUUAAAUAAAAUUAGAUCUUACAUAUUAAAACAGAUUUUUAAUCACAUGAGAAAUGAACUCUUUUCAAGUGAGAAACGGCUUUUUCUGAACAUUUUGUUAACCUUAUUGGAUUUCGGUACAGAAAAUAUGAUUAAUUUAAACCACCAGUUAAUAAAAUCUUUCAUUUUUAAUAAGUGAACAGAUCAAAACAAUCCCUAUUGUAGACAUGCGAGUCCACACACACGAUACACAUGUACACACAUGCACAUGUACUCCCAUCUACACCCUCUCUCCCUGAAAUCCGGCCUUCUAGAUGAAAGGACCCCAGAGUCUCUGAGUUCCUGCUCUGAUACACAGGCUGACCUCCCAUUGUUCUGGGCAGUUGUCAAUCAAGCCUCCCAGAAGUCCGACCCUGCCAGGCCAGAGAUGCAAGUAGGGAAGGAACUUGGACUCUGAUGGGGGAAUGUGGGAAAGGGAAGUGUGGAUUUGUCUUCCUGGAGGACAUUUCCAUAAUGAAUCUUCCUUACUCUGAAAUAAUAGAACGUCCUGUGUUCCUCCCAGCCCCAUGUGUGUGCUCACACCCACGGGGCUCGUAUGUGUGUCACUUGUUAAAAGAGCCCCUUCAGGGCAGUCCCACAUGCAUUUGAUAUCUGCCCCAAGCCCGUGGAACACGACUAGUGUAAAUUGGGAUAGGGUGUGUAAGAGCUCCACGUCCCCACACACAGCCUGGGUCAGGGCACGCCUCCAUUUCUUAGAGCCGCCUGUUUGUUGGGGUUCAGGAAGGAUGGAUUCUCAGGUUUGGGGGCAGCCCUGGCUACUGAGAAAUCCUGUUUUCCAAUCAUCCUCAGCUAACUAGAACAUUCUGUUCCCAGGGCAUUCUGUUCAGAUAUUGGCUUGGGGAACAGAUGAAGUGAAAGAAUUAAACGCACUUUCUUCUCACGCCUGCCUUGACUUUCACGUCCUUUUGGUUAGCAGCAUCUCUCAAAACACAUCCUGGUGAGAGAUGGGUUUUUGUUUACUGAGUGCUAACAGCUUAUAAAAAUAAAUUAGAAUUUCAGGAGAUAAUGAUUUUCUAGGUUUCCAAAGUAAAUAAAUGACAGAAGUAUUCAGUUUAGCAUCUCGAUGAUGGGAAGAACACUGCACCUCGAGGGAGGAGGCCCUAGGAUUGGGUGCCGGCUUUGACCCUUGUGUGUGUGACCCUGGACAGAUCACAACCCUUCUCGGAACUUCACUGGGCUCAGAUGUCCGAGGGGCAUCCUAGCAGAUAGCUUCUUGCACAAUUGUGGAGGAAACACCACAGCUGAAGGUCGACAGAAAAGCGCAUGGUAGCCCUUGGGAUGAGGCUGGCAGCUUGGAAUGGCUGAAGAAAUAUAGCUUAAGGAUGACCUUUUCAGGCACAAUCUGAGAUUUUUUCUGAAGGAUCUUGAUUGUCCAGAAUGCUCAUGAAGGCAACUUCAUUUGAUGUGGUCAUUUUGUCCUCAGGAGGGAUGUUGUGAAAUCCAGGUGAAUUUUGUGUUUGCCAAUAAAUUUAAUCUCAUGGGAAAAUGAUGAAAGGUGUGAUGUGAAUAUAAUUUUGUUUUAAAACGCGUGGACAGCUUUGGAUCCAGCGGUAUUUUAUUUAAUGGGACUGGCUGUUCCCAAAAUCCUUGGACCAAGUAGGAAGUUGAGGUUUUACGCUGCCCUCGCUUAGUUGGAAUGACCUGGGAGUGUUUAUUUGAAUCAGCCCCUUUAAAGUGAGCUUGGAGAUGCUUACUUACAGUGGGUUAAAAAGAAUCUAAAAUUUUCCACAAGUUGUUUGACCUUAGGGUCCAGUAGGACAGCAGAGUUAGCGUGCUUGCAUUCAUUAGCACUCGAUUUUUUUGUGGGGAGAACAGUGAAAUGGUGAUUAUUACUGAAGCCGCUCCUGUUCUAGGAAACUCGGGAGGUUUUUGGCUGUGGUGCUUCUUCUCCCUCCUCUUGGAAAUGACUGAAACGGGAGAAUUUGGGGAUGAAAAUUAGUGAGGCUAAGUGAGCAUGAGCUACUGUUGCCAUGCUGCAUCGGGGGAGCCGAAUGUGAUGGUGCGAAUGCCCCCACUGUGCUUCUGGAAAUGACUCUGGUCCAAUCUCUUAUCUUCAUCUCUGUUUAAUGCGAGACUUGGAAGUGCACUGAAGUCAUAGUCAGUGAACACAGUGUACUGUUUACCAAAAGAACAAAGCAUGGGCCUUUGUUUUGUUUUUCCGUGUUUAUACUUUGAUCGUUGUGCAGAUAAUCAUUUAUGUUAACUUUGUGCUUCAGCUUUAAGUUUAUCUUUCAAAAUAAAAUGGAUGUGUAUUUAUUGAGUCAAUUUAAUAUCUGGGACUUUGCAGAGAUCCAUGUCACCUUACUGACCUGGAAGGCAAUAGAGCACUUAGGUGGUAUCUAUAUGUACUUUGUAGUGAUUGGAACUUACCGUCUUUUAUAAUGUGUAAACUUAAAAAUAAAUGUUUUGUUUUGAACUAUU